CGAGCAGUUUUUCAGACGCAGUAGUGAAUUUAUUGUUGAAAUGUCCAAAAGGUAGUGAUGUGGACAGGAUUAACAUUAACUUUGUGAUUGUGUGCCUAACGGGGGCAUGCACUUCCUGUGUGUGCAUAGUGUUCAACCAUACGAAUGAACUUUGAGUAAGCCUUUAUCGAAAAAAGGAACAUUCGUCAACCCCGUCCCGUAAAAUCGAUCGUGCGAAAAUGGCGUACUCCAAUAACGUUGGAGACAUCGUACACCUGAAUGUCGGGGGGACGAGGUUUUCCACCUCACGCCAAACGUUAACCUGGGUACCGGACACAUUCUUUACCUCACUACUGAAUGGUCGCAUAUCAAGUUUGCGGGAUGAGACGGAUGCCAUUUUUAUCGAUCGUGAUCCGAAGCUUUUCAGUUUAAUACUGAACUACCUGCGAACCAAGGAAAUCGAUAUCAAAUCGGUGGACAUCCGGGUGUUGCGCCAUGAGGCCGAGUUUUACAAUAUUGCUCCACUGAUCAAACGGCUGAUGCUGUGCGAGGAGAUGGAUCAGUCGAGUUGUGGGGAUGUUUUAUUUUACGGAUACCUUCCAGCGCCUAAUAUCCCAAUCCAAGAGAUUCCAAUCGGUUCCUCGUCAACCAGUUCCAUCAGUGGUGGAACAACAACGACAAGCACGAAUACUUCGUCCAGCUCGUCGACACAAGCAAAACCGGAACCGAUGCCGGGACCAUCGAACAUGCAGCUACCCCAAUCGGUUGCCCCAUUACAACAGCAAACAGCUCAACAGGCGCCCAUCUCAAACGUACAAGCUCCACUAUACCAUCCGGUUCCGGGUACCAGUGCAUCCAUCCCACCAGUGGUUGGUCCAAGCCAUGGUAAUGGAUCCACAAAUCCACGUCCCGGAUCGAUGGUGCGAGUUCCGGAAUUUUCGCAAGGAUCAUCCGGUUCUUCGGCGAGUGGCAGUGGCGGUGGUGGUGGUGCGGCUGGCGGUAGCUCAUCACGUCAUGCGGGACACUCGCGUAACUCCUCCUGGGAUCUACGUGUUUCGUACAAUGGAAACGGUAACCGCAACUCCCAGUGGAUGCCGGGACAUUCGCGUACCGCAUCGCUCGACAUGAUGCGCCACUCGCGCAACUCCUCCGUCGAUCUGAACAAGUACAUCCGUAACGAGGUAGGGCUAGUGUUCGGUGCCGGAACGACCGGAACCGGCUGGGCCGAUCCAAUGCGCGUGCAAAUCAUCAAAGCACACCACAACUGGAUCUCGGUCGCGUACGCCCACUUCGUCACGUGCUACCGGUUGAAGGACUACUCCGGCUGGCAGCAGAUUUUUAUCUCGCCGUACAUCGAAGCCACGAUCGAGCGGAUAGCGAUUAACGCCAAGAUGAAUCUGGCCACUUCCGCCGGCGAGCAGUCGCACAGCAAAAUGGUCGCAAUCUCAUACGGCAGCCAGAUACGGCUGUGGGGAAUCUCGGAGGAUGGCAGCAAAACGGAAGUGGGAACGUUCAACUUGCACGUGCGCGUGGAGUAUCUGUUCUUCAUCGGCAGCCAGCUGGUUGCCCUUUCAUCGUCGGGCAAGAUUGGCGUCUGGCAUGCGAUGACCCAGCACUGGCAGAUACAGGAUCUCGUACCGAUCUUGUCUUUCGAUACGGCUGGUUCGUUCCUACUGCUAGGCUGUAACAACGGUUCGAUCUACUACAUUGAUAUGCAAAAGUUUCCGCUAAGAAUGAAGGACAACGAUCUCCUCGUAACAGAACUGUAUAAGGAUCCAUCGAACGAUCACAUUACAGCCAUAUCGGUGUAUUUAACACCGAAAACAACGAGUCUGUCCGGCAAUUGGAUCGAGAUUGCGUACGGAACCAGAGCUGGUUCGGUGAGGGUCAUUGUGCAGCACCCGGAAACGGUCGGGCACGGUCCGCAGCUGUUUCAAACGUUCACCGUCCACCAGAGCCCGGUCACGAAGGUGACCCUUUCGGAGAAGUUCCUUAUAUCGGUGUGCAGCGAGUACAACCAUGUGCGUACGUGGCAGGUGCCUCGGUUCCGCGGUAUGAUCUCUACGCAGCCAGGUUCGACACCGGAGGCAUCGUUUAAGAUUGUCUCACUGGAAGCUGUCGACUCGACGUACAGCUACUCGGCCGGAAAUGAUUUUGGUCCGUUCGGGGAGCAGGACGACGAGCAGAUCUUCGUGCAGAAGGUUGUCCCCGAUACGGACCAGCUGUACGUGCGACUUGCUUCAAACGGAGAGCGCGUGUGCCUCAUUCGGUCGGUUGAUGGUACCACGAUCACGUCGUUCUGUGUGCACGAGUGCGAAGGUUCGUCCCGGAUGGGAUCUCGGCCGCGCCGUUUCAUUCUCUCCGGCCACAGCAAUGGUGCGAUCCAGAUGUGGGACCUCACGACCGCACUGGAAAUCUCAAAGAAGAAAGACCAACCGAAACGCAGUGUCGGGGGACCAACGGCCGACGAGCUGAUCCGUGAGCUCGAUCAGUGUGACCUGAGUAACAGUCACUGCUCGACGCCGUGCAUGUCACCGUGCCCUUCGGCCCUGUCAAGCAUGGACGCCACUGCGGUCGGACGGUUGAAACCUUUUAAUGUGGCGUUUCUGAAUCAAUCGGCGCAGAACGCCGCUGGGCCCGCUGGUUCCGGCCAUGGUGUGCCACCGGUGGCAGCAGCAGCUGGAGUAGCGGGAGCAGGCAUGAUGCCCAUGCCGCCACCACCACUGGCCGCCGUACACCCCGAACAACCGAACUGAUCUCUACUCCGACGACAGAGGGGUAUUUGAAGGUGGUUUCACUGUUGCCAGCUGGAGCUGGACCUUUGAAUCAUCAAUUCGUACAUUAGCCAGCUGUUUAGUGAAAAGCUCAUGAUCUUGCAUCCGUUUUCUCGAAACUGUUUUUCCUUUCAUCCACUGAACAGUGUUUUUGUGUUUGUUCUAUCUGUUUAUCUAUCGUUACGUCGCAGAAAGGACGCUCGCUUCCUUUCUUCAAGGAUGAAAUCACAAUCGUGCAUUACACUUUUUUUUGUUAAACGUAGGUUGUUUUAUUAAACGGAAACAAAAGCAACACAUUUUAAAAGCAAUCUAGAAUCCUUAUGUGUCCUUACACACUUGAAUGCGUAUGAUGAAAAUGAACGAAUAUAUUUUUGUAAAAUAAAUUUUAUUCCAAAUAUAACAACAA